AUGUCGACGAGCAGCGUGGGUACAAACGAAGGUGGGGAGAAAAGAGGGGCAAGAAAUGAUGAAAGACAAACACCAAUCAUACCCGUUCAACCUAUCAAUGGCGUAUGUCGUGUGUACAUCACAGGAUCACCAAUGAAAGAUGAUGAAGAACCAUCCUGUUAUAUUUGUAAGGAAAAAACCACCGCGCCAUUAAUUUCACCGUGUCAAUGCACAGGUUCGUCGGCAUUUGUGCAUCAAGAAUGCAUAGAGGACAUGUUUGAAAUAAGAGGCGAAGAGACUUGUACUAGGUGUCAUUAUAGAAUUCCCACUUAUAGAACAUUGAAACCAAUUAUGAAGUGGGAUGACUCAGCUCUGGAGUUUGUAAACCUUUUGGAACUGAUAAUAACAAUAGCAGCAUAUCUUUCGCUCGUCCUGAAUAUAGUCGCCAUUGUAUUUCAAAGUACCUUAGUAUCCACUAAUGUAACCAAAGCAACAGUAGUUACUUUUGUUAGUCUACUAGUCAGUUGUAUAUGGCAUUUAUUCAUCGUCGGAUCGUGCACAAUGAUGUCAUGGUCGUCACCUAACUGGAAAAGAUGGCGCAGAGUGAACACGAUGGUAAAAUUGAAAAAGUUACAUUAUAAGGAUCGUCAACUCAGUGAUGUUUUAUAA